AUGUCAGUCUCGUCCCCUGACAACGGGUCGUUCCAGUCUCCUUUCGCCAACAUGUCGUCGAACGCUUCAGACCACUCCAACCGCAACUCUCUCCGACCGUCAUCCAUUCAGAGAGUUCCGUCAACGAAUUUGAACCUCAUGAGUCCAAGCGAUAUCGUCGGUCCUUCGCCUGUGACAUCGACUGGUACGGAAACAACCGAGAUCGAGGACGAGGAAGCGGAUGAAGUUCAACAAGCUCGUACUACACAGACCAACCCGGCGCCGCAUCCUCAGCUCAUGAUGCUCUCUACCAACAUUCCCGACCAUGUGCGGCAGAGUAGCAGCGAGGAGGCCGUCUCAGUCAUACAUGCGCCAGAAAGCUUUCACAGUUGGGCUUCGACGGAACCGACUGUAAAGCCAGAUCAAGCCAGCGAAAGGUCAUCGCCCAAAACCGACACAAUGAGCCUUCCGUCCGUAACCGAACAUGCAAUCAAGGAUAUGCUCAAUGAGUCUUCCCGACUCAGAUCCAGCAGCACAAGUAGCCUUGAGAAAAUCGACGAAGGGAGAGAGGUAGACACUGAUGCCGAAAACUACGAUGAGGAACCUUUCGCCACCCCCGCCCUGCCCCAAGAAGAUUCGGAGAUCAGAGCAUUGCGGACAGCCCUUCAGGAAUGCUGGACUCUUUGCAACACCCUGGCCAAUCUGAGCUCAAUUCAUCGUACACGGAUGUUCAACAGUUCGGGGACCCCUGACGCACAUGAGAAAGCAUGGAUGGCAUGCUGGAAGCUGUGCCAACGUUUGUAUGACAACAGGGACGAGGAUGUAUACGACCACCACGUGCGAGAGAACCUUGACCUCUGCCGCGAUUUCUGCCAGUCACUCUUCGAUGUACGGCAAAAGAAGGACGAAGUCGCCGACUCCGUUUUGCGAGUUAGUUUCGAACUCAACAACCAUCUAUAUAGCGCUCAGGAUAUCCAGAAUCUUCCAGAGCCCUUCCGAGAGCGAACAUUGGAUUUCUACAUCACCCUUUGUCAUCGACUGAUGAAGCAGCGAAGCGAGCUGGCCGAUGAGACCGACUCUCUAUUGAAGGCGUGCUGGUCCCUCGCGGAAAUGCUGUUCAGUCUGAGGCAAAACAAGCGCGACGGUAGAGCACCCGACGAGGAGCUCCUGUGUUCAGCUGUUCAGGCCUGCUGGGAGCUUUGUGAUUUGUUCCGAGACGGUUGGACCCAGGUUCGACCAGACCGAAAUACCCCACGACCGAGCCAGACCAGCUUCUUCGGUCAUCAGCAGCAGUACGAUCAGCCUUCUCGUGGCGAGAGUAGAGCCUCGAACCGCUCUUCCUUUUCAAAGAGGGAGAGCCACAAGGGUUUGCCCGAGGAACGACCCCGAAAGCCUCCUCCAGUUCCCGAAACUCCUGUGACGGAGUUCGAAGACACACCCAUCUCACCCGAGAGCUCCUCGCCUCGGGUCCCAAACAUUCUCGUUCUAGGCACGACGUCAGACAGCGGGCGCGGAGGACGGUGGUCGAGCAGCGCGUCCCAGCUGUCCAGCUACUCGCAGAGCAGCAAUAAAACAUCGAGCACGGCGACGACCACCACGGCGGGCGAUGACAGCAAUAGCAGCCGAAUCAAGGCCCUCAUUAUCAAGGCGGCCAUGAACGUCGGCUUCGCCCGAGACCCGGCCCUCGACAGCAAGGGCGAGAAAGCAGCCCUGCAAGCCUUCGUCAAGCACAUGCCCACGGGGUCCUUCGGGUCUUUGCCGGCGCAUUCGACGCUCCUGCAGCACUACAAGAACCUGGUCCAGGCCGACUCGUCUUUCCGGGGAUCAUCACUGCUCCCAGCCCGCGGGAAGCGCAUCUCAGCGCACGACAUGGCCAAGAGUGUCCACUACAUGAGCCAGAGGGCCAACCAGUACAGCUUCUUGCGUGACCUCUACAAGCUAGUGUUUGGCUUCCCGCCGGAGGAAGGCGAGUCAAGAAAGUCGACCACUAUCGCCAUCUGA